AAGUCCGCAAUAGACUUUCCUUCCUCAGUUUCCCACCCUUCAUUGAUUUCUGAUGGACCGGUUCCCACAAUGGCAGAUGGACGGGGUCUAGCAGUUAGGGUCGACGUGGGAACUGCAGAAGAACCUGAUCCAGGCAAUUGGGUCACCGAACAAGUUCCAUAAAACCUACGACCAUCGCUUCAGGUGUAUAUUUGCAGUCAUCCUUCACGUAGCCGACCCUUCCACACGGCAAGCAGAAAAAGUGAGAUGUUUUCAUAUUGAAAUUGCUGCCAAGCCUUCUUCCCUUCUGCAACCAAGUUUGCUCGAGGAUGUUACGGCAUCGGAAAAUUUCGUUUGAAGAAGAGCGAACUCCUUGCAAAUCUUUUAAGUCUCCUAUGCUUCCUCCAUUUUUCCGUAAUUUCCUCUGGUUUCUUCCAAGCAAUCUCCUGCACCUCCUUGGGUGGUGACGACUUCUGGUAGAUUAUUAUAUAGGAAUCUAAAAGAUUCCUAUAUAAUGAUUUCGUAUUAGUUCCUCUGGUGGAGUAGAAUCUUUUAGUAAAAAAAAGAAACUAAAUCUCACACAUUUCCUCAAAGAUAAUCCUUUCGAGAUCGCAGUUAUGAAGGCUAUUUUCAUAGGACGUCGCUAUCAAUUAUUAAAUCUCAGGGACAUUUCAGUAAACACGUAAUGGAGAUCAUGGAGUUGAAGCCAAAGCCCCCACACGAGCGUAGACGAUCCAAUCCCCUUUGCUUCUUCCCCCACUUUCCCACUCGCCUGAGACGAUGGCAGCGAAGCCGGAGGAAUCCCCGGCGGCUCCAGCCUCCAUUCCGUGUGCCGCCGCCCGAGAUCCGGGGGUGGAGUUCUCCGGCGAAGAGGUGGAGGAGGAGAAAGAAGGAGAACGGGAAGUGAAGCGGCGGAGGACGUGCCCGCCGGUGGCUCUCCAGAAGAUCUCCUCGCCGCCGCCGCCGGCGGUGGAGGAGGUGGAGGACGAGGAGGCGAGGGGUUUGGGGCGAAAAGGAUUCUCGUUUUCGGUGGACGCCAGGGGCAUCGCGCCGAUCGAGACGACGCCGAAGUUCGGAUCGUUCAAUUGCUCGGCGGAUCCAGUAGCGUUGGGAGCUGCGAAAGAGAGCGAGGAGAAGGCGAAGAACGGAAAGGAAGAAUGCGGGGAGGUAAAAAACGAGAGCAAAACAGUAAGCUGAUUAUUAGAAAUGGGGAGUUGGGAAAGAAAAGAGGGAGGGUGAGUUUGAUCUGUGCUUUGUUACCACUUCCUGUUUUCUUCUUGUAUGAGAAGUUAAUAAUUAAUUAAUUAAUGAUGUUAAGACAAGUUUCUCUCC